AUGGCCUAUCCGACAAUUGCGGAGCUCGUAGAGCGGAGCAAAGAAACCGCCAAAACCCACAAGCCGGUGAUGUCUGGCAACGAACGACGAGCGAGAGGCAUUAAGAUGAGCGCAACCCUUGUCUUGGCGUGUGUCGACCCUCGCUCGACUCCCGAACACAUCUUCGACCUCAAACCCACCGAAGUCAUCGUCCACCGCAGCGCGGCAGGAAACGUGAGCAGCGCCAUCGAAGACAUCCUCGCCCUCGACGUGCUGGUCGGGCUCGACGAGAUCAUGGUCAUCCACCACACCGACUGCGGCUGCCUUCGGUAUAGCAAUGAAAGCAUGCGGAAGGAGAUAAUAUCGCGUAUUGGACCGGAACAUGCGGACGUCAUCAACGCGAUGGACUUUGGGGCAAUUACCGACGUCGAAGAGAGCACCAAGAGCGACAUCGCGUGGUUGAAGCAGUCGCCGCUCUUGCGAAAGGAGCUCUCGGAUAGGGCUCAGGGAUAUGUGUACGAUGUGGUGACGGCCGAGCUGCGUCGUGUGGCCUGA